GAUUGACCGGAAGUCUGAGCAUAACGUCGUAUCCACACAUACGUUUCUACUGCUCCUCAGUUGUUUUUAUUUCAUUUUGCGCAAAACAAAAGCCAUAAAAUAGUUAUUAAUACAAAAUAACUGCUCGAUAUGUGUACGUCGGAUCGGUUUAGGGCUUGAAUAAGAGUUUCCGUUAUAAAAUCAGGGCUUGGGAGAGGUCAAUCAUGGGAAGGUAUUAGGACUGUUUAUGUGGUGUGUAACGUGUGCCUCUGGAUACUGACUUGUGCGGCUGGGUUGGUUACGGAUCAUUUUCCGAGAAAUCCCACGAUGUUUUAUGGGAUGCAAGUGCAUUAAAACUGGCUCCCGACAAUGUUCAAGAGGCUCAAAGAGAAAAUCGUGGAAGAAGUCAAGCAGGCACCCAUCCGAUUCCCCCAGUUCCCUGGGCAGGACCUGAUCAACUUUGGGGAGUCCAACGGACAGUCCCCCCAGCAGUCCGGCACAGCAUCAGGCAGCCAGCCAGCAUCCCAUGCCUCUGCCGACCAGUUCAGCAUCACGGAGGAUGACGAUGACGCCCUGUCUAGUGGCGCCAACACCCCCUUGAAGAAGAAGGAUGCCCUCGGCUUCGAGGAGGUGUCUUUCUCGGACGACCGUGCUGGCCCGUCGCCACCUCGGACAUCCUUCGGUGACCGCGAUGGGGCGGCCAUCUUGCCCCUGUAUCGCUCCCCGGAGGGUCCCCAGUACGUGCCCCAGUCUGACAUCGAGAGUGAGGUUGAAGAAGCGCACCAGGGCAUCGACCUGGAUGCCGUCUCCAAGGAACAGCUCUUUGCCGCCUUCCAGAAGACCCACGCUCGUGUCCACAAGUACAAGGGAAAAUAUGCCGAAGUGGUGAAAGCCUACCGGGCCCUGGACUCGGAAAAGGAGAAGAUAAAGAAGAUCUUGACAGAGAGCCAGGACAAGGCCCUGCGCAGGAUAGGGGAACUCAGGGAGCAGGCACAGCUGGAGCAGCAGGCCAAGGCCCACCUGGAGGAGAACCUGCGCUGCAUCCUCGAGGAGAAGGAGGAGAUGAUCAAGGUCCUCGAGACCAAGGUGAACCUACUCAAGGCAGGGGUCAAUGCAACGGACAGAGUUGAGAACAUUCCAGAUGUAGCAGUGUCUGGCGGCGGAGGACUGCUUUCAUCUCCCACUGCCAGAGACGAAGAUGCGGCUCACUACAAGGAAAAGGUGAGGCGUCUGGAGGCCCUGAUCUCCAAGUGUAAGGACACCAUCAAGAACAACCGGGAGAGGACGACGCAGCUCAUCCAGGAGAAGGACUCUCUCACCAAAGCCCUGGAGCUGAGGACCACAGAGCUGCAGCAGGUUCAGGAGAAGGAGGCAGAGGUGCAGGCUGGCCUGCGCAAUGAGCUCCUCUCUCUGAGGGAAGAGGCGGAGGAGUCCAAGAGGCGGCAGGAGGAAACUGCCAUGGCCAUGGCGGAGACCAAGCGUAACAUGCACGAAGAACUCGAGCUCAAGGAGACGCUUCUGGCACAGGCUCAAGGGGCACUGCAGUCCACGCAGGAUGCCGCAGAAGCCCUCAGGACACAGUUGGAGGAGAGCAGAGCUGCCCUGGCCCAAAAGGAGCGCGAGCACGAAGAGUCGAGGUCAUCGUUGGAGCAGCAGCUGACUUCGCUGGAAAGGACGCUUGAGGAGGAGCGCAAGACCUCCCUUCAGGAACUUUCCCGUGGCAAGGCAGCCGCUCUCAGCCUCAUGAAGCAAGAGUGUGAAAAGAAGAUUCAGGCGGCCGAGCACAACUGGGUCCAAAAGUUGGAAGCUUCGGAAAAAGAAUACCACCGCAGGAUCUCGGAAAAGGAGAACGAACUAUGCAAGGUGGCCAAGAAGCUGUCGGAGCUCAACUCCAUCACGGAGGAGUCCGAGGAACAGGUGAACAGCUCGGAGGACCUGGCGGCAACCCCGGAGAGCCAGAGGGACAGCCUCCUCGCGGACAUCGAACAGUACAAAAAUGUGAAAGUGAAGCUGGAGCAGACCGUGAAGGAACUCAAGGAAGAGCUUGAGGACGCCAGAACCAGGCUGCAGGGAGAAGUGGAAGCAGCCGUGGAGAGGACCGUCCAGGAGUGGGAACUCAAGACGCGGGAACUGAUCUCCCAGCACCAAGCAGAGCUGAGCGCAGUGCGGGCGGAGGCAGACGAAGUAACUCGGAGCAAGUCGGAACAAAGCAACGAGGUGGCCGUACUGCGACAACAACUCGAAAGUUUAGCAGCAUCUCACGCCGAAGCCAUCCAGGAUUUGCGGAGGAAGUUGGAAGAAGAAUCGCAGCAGCUCCUCGUUGCAGCUGCUGAGAGGCACGCGAAGGAAGUGAGCGAUGCAGCGAAGCACACCGAGGAGACGCUGACGCCGGUCAUAAAGGACUUGCAAACAAAGUUAGAGAAGGCCCUCCAGGAAACCAUGCAAAAGGGUGAAGACAAUGCAAAGCUUGUUAACUGCCAUAGGGAAGAGAUGGAAGCCACCAUGUGCAAGCUACAGGAGGUACAACAAAAAGAAGCCCAGUUAUCUUCUCAUCUUGCAUCCCUCCAAGAGAAGGCAGAUCAAGAAAAGGUCAAAAUUUCCGAGCAGUGCCGAGCUCUUCAGAUAGAUCUCAGCGAAACCAGAUUACUGCUGGAACAGAAAGAAGCCGAAUUUGAGGCCGAGAGAACCAACCAUAACAGCAGCCUUUCGCAGCUGAGCGAGCAGCUCAGGGAAGCCAAGAAAAAGAGCCAAGAUCUCGAAAAGGAGAUUUAUUCUAUGAGGGCUACGACUACAGAUUCGCAGGAUGUAGCGGAGAGGCACCAAAAAGAGCUUCAAGACCUUAGGGACAUUCUUGAGAAGGAGAAGAGCAGAUUAGAGAAGCAGAUCGAGGAAUUGAAGGAAGAGGCUGACAGGAGAGAAGAAACGCUUCACGCUGAAACAGAAGGAUCGCAGCGGUUACACCUCCGCAUAUCUGAACUAGAAACUGAAGGCAACUCGCUCCUGGAGAAGCAUGCUUCCGCAACGGAAGAGUGCCGCCAGCUUUCAUCCCGGCUGAAAGAGCAAGGAGAACUAUUGGCGGAGGCAGAGAACGAAGUUGAUAGGAGUCGGAAAGCGCUGAACACCGAAGCAAAGAACGUCGAACUUCUCAACACCCGGGUGGCCGAGCUGGAGGCUCAUAAAAGUUUGAUUGAAGCGCAGCUCAGCUCCCUUUUGAAACACUCUGACGACCUUUCGUCACAGCUGAAGACCAAAGACCAAUUAUUAGCCGACACCGCAACACGAGCCGAGGAGAGCCAGAAGGCGUUGAGCGCCGAGGAAGCUAAGGCAGAACGACUCGGUGCACGAAUAACCGAGCUGGAAGAGCAGAACUCUUCGGUUCUCGAGCAGCAUCGCUCCAUCACGGAGCAGUUGAAUCAGUUAUCGUCAAAGCUAAAGACAAAGGAGGAUUCGUUAGCAGAAUCAGAACAACGCGCAGAGCAGCUCGACGUGGAGCUACGAACGCUUCGGGCGGAACAGCUUGUGCUCUCCGAACAAGCUCAGACCUUGAAAGGCAGCCGCGAGGCCGUGUUGAAGGAGAGGGAGGAGCUCGAAAAUUCGAUCAGGGGCGAAGUCGAGACGCUGAGGCAGGAAAAGAAGGAACUAGAAGACAGGCUGGCUGCGCUGGAAGGCGACAAGUGCGCCGCGGAGCAGGUCCGGGACAACCUGUACAGCAACCACGCGCUGCUCCAGAUGGAGUUCCAGGAACUGUCCUCGACGAGCAGGGUCCAGAAAGAGUACCUGGCGGAGCUGAGGAACGAGCUGGAGAUGGCGCAGAGCGAGCGGGAGGCGCUGGAGUCGAGCGUCGAAUCUCUCGCCGGCAGCGAACGCAAUUUGAAUCAGCGUAACGAGUCCUUGGAGAAAGAACUGCACACCGCGACGGCAACGCUGAAUGAGCUGAAGCGUCUGCUGUCCGCCGCAGAGGAGGAGCGCGACAGUCUGGCGGUGGAGUACAGCGCGGCACGCGACCAGCUACGGGCAAUGCAAGUGACGCAGGAAGAGCAGCUUGUCGAGAUGUUCAAGGAAAGGGAGACGUUUCAGCGGGCACUGGGCGACCUCGAAGCUCUGCACGGCGGAGUGCUGAAGGAGAAGGGGGCUGCCGAAGCGCUGCUGGAAGAGCUGAGGAGUCGGCUGUCCCAGGACGAGGCGGGUCUCGAGACGAGGAGGAAGGAGGAAGAGGACGCGAGGAGGGAGGAGCGAGAGCGUCUGGAGGCGGAGGUGAAGCAGCUGCGAGAGGAACUUGCGAUGAAGAUGGAAGAAAUCCUUUCGACGAAGGAGGCACUGUCGACAUUACAAAGUGAUCACAAGGUGCAAGUCGAUUCCUUGCAAGAGAGGAUACAGAACCUUGAGAGCAGCUACCUGACUCAACUUUCGGAGACUAAUGCAGGGACGGAGCAACAAUUAGCCGAGAUGGCACGCGCGUUUGAAGACAAGGCAACUGCUCUGCAGAGUGAGUGGGCUUUGCAGCGACAAGGCUAUGCCUCAGAAAUUGAACAGCUCAAGGAGGAGCUCCACAUUCGUACAACGCAGCUGGACGAAAGCCUCUUGGUGGCCGAGCAGAGAGCCUCCACGGUCUCCGUCCAGCUGCAGGAGACGCUUCGCAAGAUGGCCGAAGUCGAGGAGGACCGUCUCCGACUGGUCGACAGGGAGCGCUCCCUGGAGGCGGCCAGCGAAGAGGCCGAUGCCCGCGUGCGGCGGCUGGAGGCGGCCAAUGAGGAGGCCCGGCAGCGGGUGCUGGACUUGGAGGCGGCCAUUGUGGACAAGGAGGAGAAGCUGCUGAGCGAGAUGAAGCAGGCGGCGCACUCUUUCUCGGCGCAGAUGGAAGAGACGGAGGCGGAGCACCGGCAGUCUGUGUCGGACACGAUAGACAGAGCGGAGCAGUUGGAGAACAGGCUCGCCGCAGAACACCAGAGAGACAUGGAAGCCAUGGAAACCGAAAUGGCCGAAAAAGUGGCUGCCUUGGAAGAAGUGCACAAGCACUACCAGGGCAUCCUCAGGAAAAAAGAAGAAGAAUUCAAAGCACUCCAAAGAGAGGUGGGCCAGGCACCAGCCGUCGACGGUGUGGAGCACAGUGGCUGGGACGAGGAGUGGGCCAAGGUGGAUGAGGAGGAGUGGAACCUGUCGUCGGCGGACCACUCUCCGACGCACAAGACGGCUCCGAGGAACGUGGCAGACAAGUGUCUUCAGCACACCCAACAGAUCGAAGCCCUCAAGUCGGCCGUCGGGAAAUACCAGGACGAGAUUAAUGACCUACGAUGCAUCCUGGGCUCUCGACAAAACAACAACGCCAACCUCACGGAGAAGAACAGCGUCAAGCUCCCCGAGCCCACCGAGUACGAGUACCUGAGGAACAUCCUGUUCGAGUACAUGAUGGGCAAGGAGACAGUGACGUUAUCCAAAGUCAUAGCUGCCGUGCUGAAGUUCUCGGACGAGCAGAAGACCCUGAUAUCGCAAAGAGAAGAGGCCAAACAAGUGCAGGCACUGCAAUGGCAUCCAAGGCUGUCGUCGUCAAAUGUACAGAAAGUGUGAGGGCCGUGCCCCUCCCCUCAACCUCCAGAGUUCUUGCCGGUGAAAAAAAAAGUGCUUCCCUUGUACGAUAACCCGGGGGUGUAAAGAGAAAACAGUGUUUUUGCUGCACCGCUUGACAACACACCAUGGUUCAUGUUACCUAGGUUCUAGUUUUUAUUGAUGCAAUAAAAGUGGCGAUUCUUUAAGCGGA